AUGGGCGCGGGCGGCGGGCUGCUGAUCUCGGCCUGGCUGCAACGCCUGCCGAUCGCGGACGACCACGACGGCCUGGCUGCGCUGCUGAUGGCGGCGGUCGGCCUGCUGCUGUUUGCCGUCACCAACCGCUGCGGCGGCUCGGGCUUCCUGGCCGUCUACCUGGCCGGGCUGCUGGUGCGGCACCGUGCCGAGCGCGUCACGGUGCUGAGCCUGCCGGGGCUGAACGGCUACACGUGGCUGGCGCAGGCGGCGCUCUUCUUGCUGCUGGGGCUGCUCGUCACGCCGCACGAGGUGUGGCAGCUCGUGGUGCCGGGUCUUGCCGUGGCCGCGGGGCUGAUGCUGCUGGCGCGGCCGGCGGCCGUCGUCCUGUGCCUGGCGCCGCUGGGCUUCAGCUGGCGUUCGCAGUGCUUCGUGGCCUGGUCGGGCCUGCGCGGCGGCGUGCCCAUCGUGCUGGCCGCCUACCCCGUGCUGGCCAAUGUGCCAGGAGCGUGGCGGCUGUUCGACGUGGCCUUCCUGGUGGUGCUGCUGUCGCUGCUGAUCCAGGGGCCGACGCUGGCGCCGCUGGCACGGGCGCUGCGUCUGAAUCGGGUCAGAGAACCGGGAUCAGGUGGGGACGGCCGGCCACCAGCGUGA